AAGCCUAUCCUUGUGCGUAAAGCGUGCGUAAAGGUGCCCAAACCCCUGUUAUUUACCAUUGUGCUUCUGUAUCUUUUUCAGCGCGCAUUCUAGAUCCCCUACAGAGGCUGCACUAAAAAAAAUGGAGCACCUGGAAAACUCCACAGCAUCACCCAAACGCCUCUUCCUGCACACUCAGAGCACCGCGGACUCCCAAGCAGACAAAAGCGACGGCAACGCGUACCGGUACAUAUUAAUAGUCAUGUGUUUCUACGGAAUCUUCCUCUGCGGUAUAAUGCUGGGCUACUUUCGCUCCAAGAGGAGGGAGAAGAGGAGGAUCAACAUCUUCACGCGCCUCGUGCACGAGGAGGAGCAGCGGGAGUGGGGCGCGCUGCCCAGAAAGCACAGCCUCACCUUCCCCGCCGCUGUCUCGGUGCUGCCCUCGGUGCAGGUGUCCCUGCCUUUCUGCAGUAACCACGGCAACCACUUUGGACACCUCCACUACGAGGGCGCACUGACUUCCCCGCUGGCGUGCGCGCUGUGCACGGAGCAGAGCAGCAUCAGUUCCCUGUGCUCCUCCGCGGACACGCGCUUCACCAUAGAGGAGGAGUCGGACAGCGGCACGGCAGAGGGAGCGGAGGAGAACAUGAAGGGAGCGUCCGAGAACAGCGGAGACGAUUCGGGCUGAAUUUGGCCCCGAAAAACUGAGAGUUAACGAUCCACUGCAAAAAGAGGAGGAAAAUCACCUGAAGAGACCUGGAGGUCCUCAGGAGUCUUCAAAAUAAAGAGGCCCUAAGAGUCCAACCAUCAGAUGUUAAAUAAAAACUCAAACCAGCGUGAUUCAUGACAUGAAAUCAAUGAACGCGCUGGAAACGGCUUAAUAAGACUGAGUGUGAAAUGUUUAGAUCUUAGUUGCACCGCUUAGAGGGGACAUUUGCACAGAAUUGACCUACUGUUUGCCUUAUGUGUUUUGAAUAACUGCUGCUCUCCAUAUUUAUGACAGUAAGAUACAUUCUGACUGCCACACCUGACCUACCCAGUGGCAGCAUGACAGGACACAUACAUCACAUUAAGCCACACAUGGCCUCGUAAGAUUUUACUUUUUUGUUUUAAUAUUUAUACCCAUCUUCAUUUCCAAUGACAAGAUAAGAUGUAAUAGUCAUUUCACAUGUUAUGUGUUGCGAUAACUUACAGAUAGUGACUGUAGUUGUGUUGAUAUUAAAGUCAGCUUUGCUUCGAAGGAGUAAACCAGAUCAUUUACUAUUAUGCUUUGUAUUUUUACUGUAUAUUUGCUUCCCCGUGUGGCGACCCCUCCCUGCUGGAGCUCCUGCUGACGCCACCGCACUGGUUUGGGCUGAUGACUCACCCUGCAGGGGACUGAGUGGAAGACUGGCUUUUUGGGCUGUUUUGGUCUCAAACUGAACUUGACUUGCUCGGUGUCGAAUAUUGAAAUGUACCUGGAACCCACUUGAAAAAUUGUCUAAACUAAACUGUAAUUUGUUGUGGCUUCAUGAUGGACACACACUGUUCAUACACAAUGGAUGAGUUAGGUUUACUUGAUGGAAGCGAUGCACUGUACAUACGGUUUGUAUUUGUCACUCUGUAAGCCUUAAUUUAAGAUGGAAUCUUUGUAGAGUUAGAGAAAAUAAUAAAUGCUUCUGAACUGAAACAGG